AUGGCUUCCCCACAACAACUCCGCACAACGGUCACUGACCUCCUCAAGAUCAACCACCCCGUUCUUCUCGCUGGGAUGAAUGUCGCAGCUGGCCCCAAGCUUGCUGCAGCUGUCACAAAUGCUGGAGGCCUCGGUGUCAUUGGAGGAGUGGGCUACACACCAGAUAUGCUCCGGGAGCAAAUCGCGGAAUUGAAGUCGUAUUUAACAGACAAGAAUGCUCCUUUUGGUGUCGACUUGCUCCUCCCACAAGUUGGGGGCAGCGCACGGAAAACCAACUACGAUUACACGAAAGGAAAACUUGGUGAGCUUACGGACAUCAUCAUCGACAGCGGUGCUAAGCUCUUCGUCUCCGCCGUCGGAGUUCCUCCCAAGGCUGUUGUCGACCGUCUCCACAAGGCCGGUGUCCUAUACAUGAACAUGAUCGGACACCCAAAGCACGUUAAGAAAUGCCUCGAGCUCGGUGUUGACAUUAUCUGCGCCCAAGGAGGUGAGGGAGGUGGACAUACUGGUGAUGUUCCUACAACGAUUUUAAUCCCAGCCGUUGUAGAACUUGUCAAGGGCAAGACCAGCCCAAUGACUGGCAAGCCCGUUCAGGUUGUUGCUGCUGGUGGUAUCUAUAAUGGACAGACUGUUGCUGCUGCUCUUAUGUUGGGCGCCAGCGCUGUCUGGGUUGGAACUCGAUUCAUUUUGACUGAUGAAGCCGGUGCACCAAAAGCACACCAGGAGGCAGUCCGUACUGCAGGCCAUGAUGACAACGUCCGAACCAUUAUCUUUACCGGGAGACCACUACGAGUACGGAAUAACGCGUACAUUACCAACUGGGAGGAGAACCGUGCGGCAGAGAUCAAGGAGCUCACUAGCAAGGGUGUCAUCCCAGUGGAGCACGACUUUGAAAAUUUGGGUGAUGAUAUUGACGAUGAUACAAUGGACAAUGCCCGCCCUUGGUUGAUGGGUAAGGCUGCAGCGGUUGUCAACGAGAAGAAGAGCGCCAAAGCUGUUGUCGAUGAGCUGGUUGGCGAUGCAGUGGAAUGGAUCCACAAGGGAGAGAAGUUGGUUGCGAAGUUGUAG